AUGACUCAUGGAUCUUCUAUUUUUCUCGUGUGUUUAUCGUUCGAGUGAUCGUAGCACGCGAUACCGGGAAAAGUACAACAUCGUGUGCUACCUAAGGUUCGUCUAACCCUAAGGUACAUAAACAAAACAUCGGUGUGGAUGUUCGAGGAACAUUGUGUCCGCGAAAGGUCGUAGAAGUGGUUCAAAUAGCGGCAAACAGGCAAUCACUUGGAGAAAGGAUUAAAAGGUGACACGGUCUAGGAACUUUUUGGAUAUCCGCAAUAGCUGGCGGCGCGGUGGUUACGGAGAAAAGCGAAGUGACGGUUUUGGCGCGCGUACUCGACUCCUGUGUGCGACCGGCAGAUGGCCGGUGCGCCGGUACGUUAUAGGCGCGCGUCCACGAACUCACCGACACAUGACAGGCGCCUAAGCACGUACUACCACCGUGAUAGGGACACGUUCAAGAACGUACCGAAACAUUGGUGGAAGGCCACUAACACGGUGACACAGGGAGCUGUGCGAGCACAGUAGAGCGCACGGACACGCGGUUCGGUGUUACUACCACCGAUACAGGCGGGUCUGCUGCCUCGUAGCCCGAGCCAGUUGCCAGCGCGCCAGCCAGCCCCGUCCAUCCAAUCGCCCAGCUCACGAGCCGGCCUCGUGUGCGCGCGCGACACCCCGACAGAAAAGGUUCGUUUUUCUCGCCGGUGGCUCGACCGAUCAUGUCGAGGCGGGGCUUAUCGUGAACUUUAGAACCUCUACAUUCCGUGGAACUUGAAAACACGACGAUCGCCUGAACGGCUCGGCCCUUGCACUCGAUUAUUUCGGGCCCCAGUCUGCUUGGCUGUCGUUCCUAUUGCCGAGAUCGGCCCCGCAGAAAAUGGACACCGCACCAGUGCGGUAGAGAGACAGAGUGGAACAGAGAUACGUAGUAAAGAAAGAGAGGAAGAGAGGAACACACACAGGGAAAGGGACAGAGAAAGAAAUAAAGGCCACGCAACUGCUACGACGGACUACGACGGGGAACGACGACACGGGUAUAAUCCAAGAAAGAGGAACGUAGGGAGAGAAAAACGUGAGAGGGCAAGGGAGUAAAUCGUAUGUACGGUGUGUAUGAUAACCCGGGGCAAAAACCAAAAGAAACAUUCGUGUACAUUGGCCUCGGGAGGACCGGGUUAACUCUCGUCAUCCCGGCCACGUUUGUCUGUCCUGUCAUCGGCAGACUUCAGUGAAAAUUGCAACUAAAGGCAUCGACACCGCAACGGAGACGACCACGAUCACGGCGGCAACGUAUUUGCCAUCGAGGAGGCAAGGAUAUGCCUCACUCGUCGGUACUGUGACACGCGCCGCGCCGUGUACUGGCUGAACCUCCCGGAAGAGAGCGUGAGCCUCCGUCUCAAAAUACUGUGCAUUUUGUACCGCACGCUCGAGAGCCAAAUUCUUAUAAACUACAAAAAUGCCUCGAGUAAGGAGACAAGUGGUCUUAGAAGAUCCUGCCAGGCCUGUUACACCAGACAUGGCAGAGACCAAAUUAAUAAAAACAGAAUUUUUGGACGAUGGCUCAUUGGACGAGGUGCAAGCACAAAAAGUGGCUGAAGAGACACCAAGUCCACAUCUUCAAGACCAUCAAUAUGGACAAACACCUUGUUAUCAAGUAACAAGGAAACCUACACAACCACCACCUCGAACUGAAGCAAUUUCAGUUCAGGCAGUGAAACGAAGACUGAAUUUGGAAAUGGGAACAACAGGUCCCAGCCAAUCUGCCUUUAAGGCUCCUAGAGGUAAACGUAGGAGAUCUGGAUCGAGUUCUAUAACUGGCCACACACCUACCAAAAGUAAAACGGUAGAAAGAACACGGUAUGAUACAUCACUGAGCUUACUUACAAAAAAAUUCAUACACUUAGUAGAAAGCAGUCAGGAUGGUGUUGUAGAUUUGAAUGUAGCAUCUGAAAAAUUGGAAGUACAGAAACGUCGUAUAUAUGACAUUACAAAUGUAUUGGAAGGUAUAGGAAUACUGGAGAAGAAAAGUAAAAACAAUAUUCAAUGGAAAGGCGGUCAGUUACCAAAUGAGAGGAAUGAUAUUGCUGAUCUCAGACGGGAAGUAGCGGAUCUAGAAGCUAAGGAAAACACUUUGGAUCGAUUAAUUCAUGGUGCAGACAAAAACCUUAGGGAACUCUGCGCCGACAGACAAUACGCUUAUGUAACGUAUCAUGAUUUACGUUCUGUUCCAAUGUACAAAGACCAGGCUAUAAUGGCGGUUAAGGCUCCCCCAGAAGCUACUCUUCAUGUUCCACAACCUAUCACUAACCUUGGUCAACAAAAGCUUCAAAUGCACAUGAGGUCAUCUCAUGGAGAAAUAGAGGUGUUCCUCUGUCCUGAUGACCCUUCAGUAAAAUCGUCUCCCACUCCGGGGUAUACGACGACGCAACCUGUGCCUUCGUCAAAAGAAUCCGAUAUACCUUAUCUGCCUCCUGAACUGUUGGCCAGUGGAGAAAGUGGGGUUCGGGUAGAACCAGUACCUUCUGUCGAGAAUUCGUUGAAUACUCGUUUGCGUACUCCAACUGCAUCCGCGAGGGACGCACUGUUGUGCGAAUCCGAUGAUUAUGGACCAAUGGGUGGUGGCAAGUUCCAAUUACAAACGGAGGAUCAAAUUAGCACUUCAGAUCUAACUCUUCUUGAUUUUGGAGAACACCUGCUGUCCCUGGAACCGCCUCUUUCGGAGAACGACUAUUCAUUCUCGUUAGGCACGGAGGAGGGGCUUUCGGAUCUCUUUGAUUUCAAAUUCUAGAAAUAUCAUUCGCAUCAUCGUCAUCGUUACAACAGUAACAUUUGUCGUUUCAGGCCACCAAUCCGAGUUCGCCUCCCUAGUAUUCGAACGGCUAGAUAUAAUUUUGUUAAUUCUUGUGAUUGGCGCUUUUUUGUACGGAUCGCAAUUUGGCGGUAUUAAGUUGCACGUUAUUUUCUUCUCUUUUUUUUUUUAAAUAAAAAACGAAAACCGAUUUAUCACCGAUUGAUAGGGUCAUAUCUCGGUUCCCGUUGUUCGAUAGAAUAGCAGGAGGGGGAGAGAGAGAGAGAGAGAGAGAGAGAGAGAGAGAGAGAGAGAGAGAGAGAAAUAGGGUUUUGUGUUGACGUCGUGUUGCGUGAACAGGAUGCAUGAACGCAGAAUCAAAUCGGUAAACAAUGAAGAAUCGCUGCAAGCCGGCUUAGUGAAAUGAUUCUUUUGCUUGUUAGUUUCCAUUCGAGGAUACCCGCGAAUGUGUAAAUACGAGGUAUAGAUAGGACUUUACGAUUCGUAACGAUUCGCGUGGGGAGGCGAUGUUAAAUACCGAAUAG